UCAAAUUGAGAUGGGAUUGAACUUGUAUUUUUUGUUGGAUGGGAUUCGCAGUUGAAGGGUACAGGAAGAAGCAAGAGAGAAUCUCUCUCCCAAUCUUUUUAAGUCCCCUUUUAUUGCUUACCUUUUAAGCCAGCCAACAAUUCAAAACGUCCAAGUUUUUUCAAGCAGUCCAAAUCCCCCACUUUCCCCUUCACUCCACGUUUUUCUCUCAGAUCCAAAAACCGCCCCUUUCCCACUCUUCACAUAUCUCUUUCUUUCUCUCUAUAAAGACCCUUAAAACCAAAAACCCAGAUCAAAAAUCCCCAGAAAGAGCCCAAACAGAAGCAGAAAGUUUUCUUCUUUUGUUGUGUAAAGAUGUGUUGUGGGAGCAGAGUUUGCAUGCUGUGCACAUGCCUGAUACUUGUGGUGGUGUUGAUUGGAUUCUUGUUUGGUUUUGGGGUUUUCAAGAAUGGUUUUCACAAGCUCAAGGAUACAUUGCAUGAGGACUAUUACCCCUGUGAUCCUAAACUCUCUUCCUGUGGGAGGCCUUUCUUGGGUUAUGCAGCUCCUCCCCCUUUCUAAAUUCUAGGCCUUUUCUUUAUUGUUUUUUAGUUUUAUAUUGUAAUUGGCAAUUGCCAAAUGGGAUAUUCGUUUCUUUGUUGGGAUUUAUGAAGUUUAAUUCUAUUGUUAUUUGUUUA